AUGAUCUGGCAGGGUAACACCAUUGUUCGUAGGAAUAAUGACCUGGCAGGUAACGCCAUUGUUCGUGGGAAUAAUGACAUGGCAGGUAACACCAUUGUUCGUAUGAAUAAUGACCUGGCAGGUAACGCCAUUGUUCGUAGGAAUAAUGACCUGGCAGGUAACGCCAUUGUUCGUAGGAAUAAUGACAUAGCAGGUAACGCCAUUGUUCGUAGGAAUAAUGACAUUGCAGGUAACGCUAUUGUUAGUAGGAAUAAUGACCUGGCAGGUAACACGAUUGUUCGUAGGAAUAAUGACAUGGCAGAUAACGCCAUUGUUCGUAGGAAUAAUGACAUUGCAGGUAACGCUAUUGUUAGUAGGAAUAAUGACCUGGCAGGUAACGCCAUUGUUCGUAGGAAUAAUGACAUGGCAGAUAACGCCAUUGUUCGUAGGAAUAAUGACAUUGCAGGUAACGCUAUUGUUAGUAGGAAUAAUGACCUGGCAGGUAACACGAUUGUUCGUAGGAAUAAUGACAUGGCAGAUAACGCCAUUGUUCGUAGGAAUAAUGACAUGGCAGGUAACGCCAUUGUUCGUAGGAAUAAUGACCUGGCAGGUAACGCCAUUGUUCGUAGGAAUAAUGACCUGGAAGGUAACGCCAUUGUUUGUGCGAAUAAUGACCUGGAAG